AUGGUAUCUAAGAAUAAAGAAGAUAGUGAUGAUAUAGAGAUUCUUAAAACUACAAUUAAAAAAAAGAAAAGAUCUGCAGCUGUAAAAAAUAAACCUACUGGUCUUAUUGAAAUUGUAUCAUCAGAUGAAGAACACAAAAUCUCUUUUUUAAGUAAUAAAAAGGAACAAAAAUUAAAUGACAAUAAGAUAGAUGAAUUAAAUAAAACGUCGAUAGAUGAAUUAAAUAAAACAUCUAUAAACGAAUUAAAUAGAAUAUCUAUGGAUGAAGAAAAUAUUAGUAAUAAUUUAUCAGUAAAUCGAAAUCAGACUGCUUUUGGUACUAAAGAUCUUAAUUUACAUCGUUUAGAUGAUUUUUCAUUACAUGACAUGCCUGAAUCUAUUUCUGAGAAAACUUAUAUUAAUUCUAAACAUGUAUAUUGUAAACAGGAACUUUUAACUGUACACAGAAGUGCAGAUGAAACAUUUGAUAAUCAAAAUGCUUCUAUUACACAUUGUAAAGUUGAAUCUGUUGUAUUGAAUGGCCAUGAAAAUAAUUUAUUAAGUGUCAGUCAAGAAAUAAACGAAUCUAAAAAAUUUAAAUAUAACGAUUUAAAUACAAUUUGUUUAAAAAAUGAACUAGAAACAGAUUCCAAAGAUGUUAAUAAAAAAGUAGAUGAUUCUUACGGGAGUUUAAAUCUUAAUAAUAGUGAAUACGAUAAAUCUGAAUUUAUAGCCGAGGACAAAAUACAAUCUGCUGCAUUAAACACAUGCGAUAAUUUUGAAGAAGUAAAAAACUUUUUUCAAAAUAGAGAAUCUACUACUGAAAAACUAUCAGCUAAAAAUACAAUAUUAAUGCCGGAAACUGCUAAUUUUAGUGAAAAAACUAAAAUAAUUUUAAGGAGUGAUGAUGAAGAGCGUGUUUUUUACGUAGGCAAAGAUGAUACAUUUGCUGAUAUUCUAGAGGAAGCUGAUCUCGUUAAAAUAAAAUAUAAUGGUAUACCAGUAUCAAAAUAUUUGACAUUAGAAGAAAUAGGAUUUGUAGAAAAUAAUCCUUAUUUUGAAUUAAUUGAUACAACCUGUUCUGAUAUUAACUUAAAAGUUAAUGUAGACUUUUAUGCAUGUAAAAAUAUUCUUAUAAGUAAAAAUAAAAAAGUAAGCGAUAUUUUAGAGCGAUGUGGUAAAAAUGGUAUUAUUGUUAUGAAUGGUAUUAUUAUUGAUUUAAAUAAAAAAAUAAAAGAAGUACUAGAAAAUGAUGAUGUUAUUGAUGUUAUUGACUUAUAA